AAUUCACUUAAUUUCACUAUCCACCAAAUUAGUCCGGCUGGACUAGUGGACCCGAGUCCACAUCUGACCUCCGCCUGCUCGCCCUCUCUCUCUCGAUGGUCGUCUUCUCCACGAGACCACGACCGAUCAACCCCAAUCGUAGGGAACUGGGAACCCGGACCCAGAUCUCCCCUAGAUCCUCAAUCCCAAUCUGCCCUCCGCCGUAUCGAUCAUACCUCCCGAUGCGACCCCAAGUCUGGUCGAUGCGAGUAGCGGCGGCGAUUUAGCGAACUGCGCGUUCGCUAGGGUUAGGGUUUCGAGGGUUUGCGCUAGGGUUUGGGCGCACGAUGGGGCGGUCGCGAGGGGUGCAGAAUUCCGGCGACGACGACACCGUACACAGGUCGAAGCGGAGGAGGGUCGCAUCGGGCGGGGAUGCGACGGACUCCGUUUCCGCUGGCAUCGGGGGAGCUGGAGAAGGAGGGGGCAAGAAAGCGCUCUACCACUGCAAUUACUGCAACAAGGACAUCUCUGGGAAGAUACGGAUCAAAUGCUCCAAGUGCCCUGACUUCGACCUUUGCGUGGAGUGCUUCUCUGUUGGCGCUGAAGUCACCCCACAUCGCAGCAACCAUCCUUACAAAGUCAUGGACAACCUGUCUUUCCCACUUAUUUGCCCAGAUUGGAAUGCAGACGAAGAAAUUCUCCUCCUUGAGGGAAUUGAAAUGUAUGGUCUGGGAAACUGGCUUGAAGUUGCAGAGCAUGUUGGUACCAAGUCUAAGUUACAGUGUAUUGAUCAUUACACAACAGCAUACAUGAACUCACCUUGUUAUCCCCUACCGGAUAUGUCUCAUGUUAAUGGCAAGAACAGGAAGGAGCUUCUAGCUAUGGCUAAAGUGCAGGGUGAAAGUAAAAAAGGGACUUCACUGUUGCCUGGAGAGCUGACUCCUAAGGCUGAAUCUCCAUUUUCUCCCUCCAGGGUCAAGGUGGAAGAUGCACUUGGAGAAGGUCUAGCAGGUCGAUCACCUUCGCACAUAGCUGUUGGUGCAAAUAAAAAAGCUUCAAAUGUGGGACAUAUUAAAGAUGGGUCUAAUGUAUCAAAAGUUGAAGAUGGUCAUGUCGAUAGAAGUGUUGGUGUGAAGAAGCCCAGAUAUUCUGCAGAUGAAGGCCCUUCGUUGACUGAACUGAGUGGAUACAAUGCAAAGAGACACGAGUUUGACCCAGAGUAUGAUAAUGAUGCCGAACAAGCGCUUGCUGAGAUGGAAUUUAAAGAAACUGAUUCAGAAACUGAUCGUGAACUGAAACUCCGUGUGCUGCGUAUUUAUCUGUCCAGGCUUGAUGAAAGAAAAAGGAGAAAAGAGUUCAUAUUGGAAAGGAAUUUAUUGUUUCCUAAUCCCUUGGAGAAGGAUCUUACAAAUGAAGACAGGGAAGUUUACCAUCGGUAUAAGGUCUUCAUGCGUUUUCUUUCCAAGGAGGAACAUGAAGCCCUUGUUAGGAGUGUCAUUGAAGAGCGAAAAAUUCGGAGGAGAAUUCAAGAACUCCAGGAAUGUCGUUCUGCUGGAUGCCGCACACUUGCUGAAGCAAAGAUACACAUAGAGCAAAAGAGGAAAAAAGAAUACGAGCUGAAUGCCCAAAAAGCUAAGGAAAGUAACCACCUUAUUGCAAAUACUAAAUUGGUGCAGAAGAUGAAUCGACCUAUGAAGAUUGAGUCUGAUGGGAAUUUGGAUCCAAAGAAAGGUGGUGUUGGCUUAGAUUCUCCUAAAACUACAGGACUUACAAGUGUUAAGCAGUGGGAUGACUGGGAUAUAGUUGGUCUUCCUGGGGCGGAGCUAUUAAGUGCUAGCGAAAAGCUUCUAUGUUGCCAGAACAGACUGCUACCCAGUCAUUACCUGAGAAUGCAGGAGGUGCUGAUGCAGGAGAUAUUCAAGGGUAGUGUCCUAAAGAAGGAAGACGCACACGUCUUGUUUAAGGUUGAUCCUACCAAAGUAGAUAGUGUUUAUGAUAUGGUAACAAAAAAGCUGGGCAACCAUGUGGAGUUGCCUACGGUCUAGCUUAUGCCUUUGGGCUUGCCUGCUGUGACAUGCCGAAGAAAACAAGUCUUGGUUUCGCCCCUUGCAGCGUGUCUGAACCAUAGCUGAAGGUGGAACUGUACUAGAUCAAAUCGGCCAUAGUUAACUGAAAUUCGUAUCAGUUGUCAGAAGCACAAUAAGGCAUUCCAGCCAAGUUGUAAAAUUAUUGCCCUUAGCAGAAUGUGUAGCGUGAGUUGUCAUUUCCUUUCUGCCAUUGUUGUGCACUGUUUCAGCUGUGGUAGUGCCUUGUAGUAGGUAUAGGUGCCUGAGUUUAUAUGUAUCAUCGUGUAUGUACCAUUGGGAGCUCAAUUAUAUGCCAUUGUACCAACCCCAGACAUUGAUUAUUACAAUUCAUCUAGCAGCC